CUAAAGCAAUGUAAUAGCAGAAUUAUUUUGUAGAUAAAAUUAUAAAUAAACUGAAUAAUGAAAGUAAAUGAAAGAAUUGUAAAUUGUGCCUGUAAUGAAAAUAUUGAAAAAAAGAAUUUUACCGAUGAGCUCGUUGAUUUUCCACACAUUAUUGAAUAUAUACAAGAACUUCAAGAGCAAUUAAAGUUGCAACAAGAGGAUAUAACUGAAUUAAAAAAUAAAUUAACAAAUUAUGAAAAUCAAAUUACUCCAGAAAAAAGCUUUAAAGACAAUGAAACACAAUCUAAUUGGUUGGAAUUAGAAGAGAAUUCCUUAGUUCAGGAAUGGGUUAUUAAUAAUGAUAAACAAAUGAGUAUAGCCGAUCAGGUUACACAAUCUGCAGAGUUAGCUAUGUUACAGACAGGUUUUGUUUAUGAACAAACUACAGGCUUAUAUUACCACUAUAAUUCAGGCUAUUAUUAUGAUUCAAAAUCUGGCUUGUAUUACAAUGGAAACACUGGCACCUAUUAUUAUUAUGAUAAAGAAAAUAAAUCUUAUAAAUUUCAUAGCCAAAUUCAAAAUGACUCGGAUGUAUUAUGUUAUAUUAAGGAUACGAUAAAUGAAAAUAAAAAAGAAGAGGCCAAAAUGAAGAAAGUCAAAUUGAUGCAAGAAGGUAAUCAGAGUAAUGCUGAUAAAUCUAAGGAAGGAGAAUGUUCGGAUAAUGAAGAUAUCGAAACCUUAAGCUCCAAAGAAGAUACAAGGUCAUCAUCUGGUAGUAACAGUGACACUGAAAACGAUGAAGGUUUAUCUAAAGUUUAUCCACCAUGCAUGAGAAUUAUAGUAAAAGAGACAAAUUUAUCUAAUCUUAAAGUUGGAUCGUUAUUUAUUGUUACUUGCACUGGAGGAACAUUGGGAAGAGAAGGAGACCAUUCAGUUCUUAUAUCGGAUAUAAAUAUAAGCAAAUAUCAUGCAAAAGUACAGUAUAAUACAAAAAAGAAAGUCUAUGAAAUAAUUGAUCUGGGUUCAAGAAAUGGAACAUUUCUCAAUGGUAAAAGACUUUCAGCUGCAAAACAAGAAUCUAAUGAAACUGAAAUCGUACAUGGAUCGAUAUUACAAGUUGGUUGUACAAAACUCCUAUGCCAUAUUCAUACUGGACAUAAAACGUGUGGUCAUUGUGAGCCAGGACUACUUUUAUCUGAUGCUGUUACCGAUGAAAGUAUAUCUACAAAAACUCAACAUCGAUUAGAAUUAAAACGAUUGAAAUCCAAAUUUGGCAUUGAUCAUAAUAAUGAAUCAACAUGUCGUUUAGCUUUAGGCUACCAAGACAGAGCACAAUUAAGAAGAGAAGAACUUGGUUCAAUAAGUAAUGAAGAAAUAUUACAAGUUGAUUGUACAAAACUCCUAUGCCAUAUUCAUACUGGACAUAAAACAUGUGGUCAUUGUGAGCCAGGACUACUUUUAUCCGAUGCUGUUACUGAUGAAAGUGUACCUAUGAAAACUCAACAUCGAUUAGAAUUAAAACGAUUGAAAUCCAAAUUUGGCAUUGAACAAUAUAAUAAUGAAUCAGCAUAUCGUUUAGCUUUAGGCUACCAAGAUAGAGCACAAUUAAGAAGAGAACAACUUGGUUCAACAAGUGAUCAUUUUAAAACACAACAAAGUUCUUUGGAUAAACACAUAUCAAAAGAUAAUAUGGGAUUUAAAAUGUUGCUAAAAAUGGGCUGGACAGAAGGACAUUCUCUUGGAAAAAGUGGUAAUGGUGUAAUAGAACCAAUAACUCUAGCACCAGUUUUUAAUAAGGCCGGUUUCGGUUCAAAAGGUCAAACCUGUACUGCUCAAAAGGAUUCCAACAUUGAAAAGAAAGAAAAUAUGCAACAAACUGAACAAUGUAUCAAUGAAAUGAAAAAUUGAAUCUAUUUUUACAAUAA